UCUUUCUUUCCUCACAAUCUCUCCUCCUUUGACAACAAUGGCGGACAAACCAAGCAGAGCGUUGGUAUUGUACGGAGACGGCUUGGCUCGAUUCGUCGAUCCGUCAAAAACCCACAUCCAUUCUCUCGCUUCCGUGGCUAGCUGUGGCUUUCUGAGCCUUCCUCAUGCUCCCCCAGAAACUGAGAACGAAAGGGUAGUUCGAGAAUUCUCCCAUUUGUUGGAUGCGUCAGAAGCUUAUAACGUAGCUAGUGGACUAAAACCAAAGGGAAAUGACAACGAAAUCCCAACUUUAGCUGAAAGGUUUAUGGGACUCAAGGCUGCUUUAGUAACAGACAGUUCUACUCUGAGUUCUUUCGGAAAAUUGAUUGGCUUAGAUGUAUUUCAAUUUAGCGAAAUAUCCCAAAAGAGUGACUCCAUUCCUUCUGAUGCUACAGCAUCUAAAUUACUAAGGCUGCUUGGAUUUGAAGGAGGAAACUGCUUGGAUGUGAGCCUAUACGACUCUGUUUUUGUGCAUAUCGGGGUUGAUGAAAACAACUUGGGAAUUAUCGACUCUUUGAUUGGUAGUAUUAUGAAAAUGGCUCAACCUGGUUCAGAGAUUGUACCACGCUUGCAUCUGUCUGUUGUUCUUAGCUAUGGUUCUGUCACAGACAAAGAUGCUGCAGUUUUUGCUGUCAAUACUCCACAACAAGACAUGAACCCGGCAUUGGCAGGACUUAUACCGCGUCAGAGCUACACCAUGCGAGGUGAAAAGACACGAGAUGAUGUUCGGCAAUACUGUCCUAUGUUGGUAGCUCAGUGGCAGCAUGCUGUGACCCGGAAAGACUUGGUUGAUACAUUAUCAUUUGAAGCUCUUAAAAAGCUCUGUGGAAAUCUUGUUAUACCGGCUGAUCGGUUCAUCCAUGAAGUUGCUUUCAAACUUUGGAAGGCCCCAAAAUAUGGAGCUUGAGCAAAAAUGGAAUUUCAGGUUCUUUAACUGUAAUAAUUGAAGUCUGGAUGAAUUCAUAUUCUUUCCUGUUGGGAGUUGAUUGUGGAUUGAUCUCAGAUUUGCUAACUUUACAUAAAAGGAAGAAACAAAAGCUGUGUUCAUUUUCUUCUAA